GGUGCCUUUGUGAAUUAAUUUGAGAAACAUGCGGCGGGGGCUGUUUGGGCGGGUCGCGAUGUGUGCGGUUUUCUUUUGUUUGGUCGGCAGGUGGGUGGGCUGGUGUGGUACAUGCCACACCCCCAGGGCCCCCGCGCUGGACCCGGUGCGGACAUUUUACUGCUUCCCCCGGGCUGUCUUCCACCCACGGGCAAAGUCCCCUUCUUCUGGCCCGCUGAGUCCUUGUUUUCUAGUACUUCACCGUCUCGCCAAGCCUGCGCCUUGCGGGCGCAGCGGAACAAAUUGCAUGGAGCAGAGACACGGUUCGCAGCGUCGUGCGCUCCUGUUAAGGUUUCGCGAAGUCUCCCGAAGCUGCGCCUGAAGGGCGCCGCGCAAAAAAUUAGGGUGGGCAACCCGAGAAACUCGACCCGCU